AUGGACUGCUGGAUGACAGAGAUCUCAUUCAAUUUUGACCAGUUUGUUUUGGCGAACCCAGACGUCGCCCCUAUCGACCUGGGAUCAAUCGGGUAUUCCGGUGAGAACUCGCUGUCGGUCAAAGGAUCCAUCCGUGACGCUGCAUAUGCUACGUCCGGGCUGGCCCUUGAGUUCUAUCGGAGCUACAAUGCAUCUGCACAUGACGCUGCGGCCUACUUUGACCGUAUUUCUGAUUUGGACCACAGCCACUUCUCUCCGUGCAACAAGACGGGCAACGAGUUUGCCAAUGAUGUUGAGAUGAGGCUCUAUAGACAGUGGACGGGUGAUUGGGAAGGUGUCGUCGAGACAGAGACUGGGUACAUCGCAAAUUGCCCGGACGGCCGCUUUUGGAUUUCCCCUGCAUGCCGCCACAACACAUCUGAGUGCAUCCCCAUUUUGGCCGCUGGAAAUGGCUGGAUUGUGUACGUUUUCAUGCAAUGGGCCACCUUCUACGGCAUACCAGCAGCGGUUGGAACUGCAGCAACCUGGGAGGAUUACUCUUCAAACGUGGUAGCCUUCCGAACACUCUUUCAUUGGUGGAUGCCCGAUGCAACCUUCCACCAGCUGGACGCCUCCAUGCUGCAGUUCCCGCGACACAGACCCCGCGAGUGGGCUGUGGGUAACUAUCGCACGGCAGAUGGGCAGAGCAAUAUUGUCAAGCUCAUCGCGCAGCCGCUGCAGCUGGCUGCCCCAAGGGUGCAGAGAUUUCUGCAGAAUUUCGACCUGGACCUCGAGGACAUGCAGAGCCUUCUGAGAAAGACGUCAACCAGCGCCGGCGCGACCGCUGAAGAAGUGGCCUGUGAGUGGAUUCGCGCCAACAGAGAUCGAUGGGAGAAGUGGGUGCCGGUGCAGACCCAGGGCUACAGCUGCAAGCCGUGA